AUGCUAAUUGAGAGCUUGCAUCAUUCCACCUCCACAGAUGGUGACGCGACGUUGCAUCCGCAUCAGGUGCGCUUACUCGGUAUAGUGCGGGAUGCACUUCUGGAUGGCAAAAGCAAGCUGGAGGCUGCCAAGGUCACCGUUGAGGAGUCUCUGCAAGAAGCGGAGAUGCACUUGGCAGCCCAGGACUCGAAGACCACAGCUGCUCUCGCCUCGGAAGUCUCUGCGUGCCAUUCGGCCGCUGCUGCAGAGGCAGCAGCCAAAGACACAGAAACUGAAGUGGCCGAGACAGAGCAGGAACUCGAGCGAAAGCGGGGCCUUGCCAAGGACGUUAUCCAGGAGACGGCGGCAUUGCAAAAGCGCCGUUUGAAGGCCUCGGACGCCGAAGCAUCCCUGAAAUGCCUCGCCGAGGGCACUUGGGCCCGUGAGGAGGAGUGGUGGGAGUGCUUCGCUGCCUUGCAGCAGCACCUCCUUGACACAGGGGCUGAAAAUUCCUUGCUGACUGCGGCGACCCUGGCACUCAAGAAGAAGCCGGACGAGCGGAGCAGCUUUCACGUUGUUGCGGUCGAAGGAGUUGGCAAUUUCUUCCGCCAGCAGCUCGCAGCGGCCGACCAAGAGCUGGUUCAGCAGUCGCGGCUCGAGAUGGAGGCAGAGGCGACAAUACUGGGCAUCGAGGCUCUGCUCACUGCGACGAGGCAGCGAGCGUGCCAGCGCCGCGAGGCGGCGGAUGCUGGUGCGGCUUCCAAGGAGUCCAUGCAGAGCGCGGCCCGCCAGGCAGAGAAAUGCCUGCAGGCCUCUAAAGAGGCGGUGGCACAGAAGCAGCAAGAGCAGGUCGACCUGGAAGGACGGCUAACGACCGUCAAUGAGGCUCUGGAGCUUGUGGGUGCAUGGAUGGCGGGAAACGCUCUUCCAACCGCUGUGGAGGUCCCCCUUCCGCUGCAAAGCCCUGCGCCAGAGGAGGCCGAG